AUGGAGAAGGUUCCGGAUAAGUUCUGUUAUGUGCAAUCAUCCCCAGGGCCUGCUGAUCAUGAGUGUGUGGAGGAGAGCGCUACUCUGGGGGGCUUUGGGGCCAUGUCUGCCAUCAUGAUAUUAAUCACCAUCACUCUCAACCUGAAGGUGAGCUCUUGACCUUUCAACUCUCCUGCACUGUGACAAACCUACAGUAAGAGGACCAAGGGGAUGAUACGUGGAUGAGACAGUUUUGCUCAAAAUACCAAUAUUACAUUGCUGUGAUCAUCAAUGGGUGAUUGAUCAGAUGCAUACUUCCCUGUUGCCUGUGGUAUUCCUAGCUGGAGUGUUGCCGUCUCUCACACAUUAUAUCUUUAUCCAAUCAUGCCAGCCUGCAGCGUUUGUCUUCACUGGAAUCCGGUGCUGGCUUUCCUGUGCUGGGACUAGUCUUCCCUUUCUUAUUGUAAGUCUAUAGCGCACCAUCAAUAUACUGUACCUCUAUAUGUAUUCAAUACAUGUAAAGGACAGCAGAACACUUCGGAAUGAAGUCUUGUUAUAUAAUGCUUUUUAUAAUGCUUUCAAAGUUACCAAUUGAGAUACAAUAAGAUUUCCUGAGCUCAAUUCACAUUGUUCUGCACUAUGACCGUUUGAUACCCCAGAGAUACCAGGCAUACAGUAAUUCCAUACUUUGAACAUCAUAUUAAAACCUUUUUUUAUCAUCAGUAUUACUUUUGUCUCAGCCGGUCUGUGUAAAAAGCAGAGCUCUAAAUUAGGUACCAGUGGAAUAUAUAAAAUUGAAAGGUUUCCUAUAGCCAUGAGUAGAGCAAUAGGACAGGACUAUUUAAUCACAGGCUCUCAACCAACCGUCCAAGUUGUUCCCCUAGUUAUUGUUGCUCUAGGAACUCACCUGCCUCCCUGCAUCUUCUCUUUACCACAGGAGCUCUUUACUCAAGUCGUUCAGCUUCGUGCUGUUCGCCUGCAUGUGUCUGUUGGCAUGACUCUACAUCUUCUCCUACCUCCUGGAGACCAAGGGGAAAACCCUCCUGGAGACCAAGGGGAAAACCCUCCUGGAGACCAAGGGGAAAACCCUCCUGGAGACCAAGGGGAAAACCCUCCUGGAGAUCUCAGGGAGUUUAAAAACAUCACUCUGUGUGUAAAACCCCUCUCAGAUGACAAGACCCUGGAGAGACAAGACCCUGUUGAAAGCAAAUGA